AUGGUUUCAAGAACAUUACUGUCCAGCGUACAUGAUCAUCAGAUCCCACAGUCAGUAAAGAAUGCGCUUAAAUGGGCACAAGCUCAAUCAAACCAAUUAAACCAACCAUUUUUGGCGAAACCCCUUUCAUUUUUAGCCACCAAUGUCAUCAAAUCAUACUUCGAGAAGGGGCAAGUUAGGGAAGCUCAGAUACUGUUCGAUGAAAUGCCUACGAAAGAUGUUGUUACUUGGACAGCCAUGAUUUCUGGUUAUACUUCGUGUAACUUGCACAAGCGUGCGUGGGAAGUAUUCCGCGAGAUGAUCACGGACUCCAGAGGUGCGGUUCCUAACGAGUAUACAUUUUCUAGUGCGCUAAAGGCUUGUAAAGGUAUGGAGUCGCAUUUUUGUGGCUUGUUGGUGCAUGGUCUGGUGAUCAAAUACCCCAUGCGAGGGUGCAUUUAUGUGGAGAAUGUACUCUUAGACAUGUAUGCAACGUGUUCUAGCACUAUGGAUGAGGCCAGCAUGUUGUUUGAGGAAAUUAGCAAUAAGAACGAUGUUUCUUGGACUACAUUGAUAGCUGGGUACACCCACAAGAAUGACGGUUAUGGCGCACUUCGAGUUUUUCGUCAAAUGCUUAUGGAGGAAGCUAAGCUGAAUCCAUUUUGCACCUCGAUUAUAGUUAGGGCUUGUGCCUCAAUUGGCUCUUAUGGGUACGGUAAACAAAUGCAUGCAGCAGUAGUGAAGUAUGGAUUUGAAUCAAAUAUUACUGUGAUGAAUUCCAUACUAGACAUGUACUGUAGAUGUAGCUUUUUAUCUGAUGCAGAGGAGUGUUUUCAUGGAAUGACUGAGAAAAAUUCAAUAACGUGGAAUACUUUAAUUGCUGGAUAUGAAAAGUCUGAUUCACAUAAGUCACUCAUUAUGUACUCUAGAAUGGAGUCAGAAGGCUAUAGUUCUAAUUGCUUCACAUUUACCAGCAUCUUGGCAGCUGUCUCUAAUUUGGCAGUUUUGAGCUUUGGAGAACAGAUUCAUGGUAGAAUUAUACAAAGAGGCCUUGGGGGGGAUGUAGAAAUGGAUAAUGCUUUGAUAGAUAUGUAUGCCAAAUGUGGCAACAUCAUAAAUUCACGCAAAAUUUUUGAUCAAAUGCCUUGGAAAAAUCUUCUUUCUUGGACAUCCAUGAUGAUUGGAUAUGGCAGCCAUGGUUAUGGAAAGGAGGCUGUGGAAUUGUUCGAUGAGAUGGUGAAAUCCGGUACAAGACCUGAUUAUAUAGUGUUUAUGGCAGUUCUUAGUGCCUGUAGCCAUGCUGGACUUGUAGAGGAAGGCUUGAGGUAUUUUAGAUCAAUGAUUGGUGACUACAAUAUCAAACUAGAGCAGGGGGUUUAUGGCUGUGUGGUAGAUUUGCUAGGACGUGCUGGGAAAGUUGAGGAGGCUUAUGAGCUUAUUAAGAGUAUGCCUUUCCCAGCUGAUGAAACUGUCUGGGGGGUUUUUCUUGGAGCUUGUAAAAUGCAUAAACAUCCAAAUUUAGGUAAAUUAGCAGUGAGUAGGGUGUUGGAAUUGAAGCCCAGUAUCGUAGGAACAUACGUGACAUUAUCAAACUUGUAUGCUGCUGAUGGUAACUGGGGAGAGUUUGCAGCAGCUCGAAAACUGAUGAGAAGGAUGGGGAAUAAGAAAGAAACUGGUAGAAGUUGGGUUGAACUGCAAAAUCAAAUGUACUGUUUUGUUGCCGGAGAUAAAAUGGGUUCACAUAUAGAAUGGGUUUACCAAGUUCUGGAAGAGCUUGUCCAGCACAUGAAAGAUUUAGGUCAUGGUUCUGAUUUGGAUGAUUUCCUACAUGGUUUUGAAGAAUAUAGCUGA